ACAUGUAGGAUGAGCCCACAAAUUCCAAGAGUCUUUCAUCAAUCGCUUUGGUGUCAGUCAAAGUCUCCUGAAUCUGACACCCCAAUUCGAUCCUUCCAUCAAUCCCAUGAAAUUCAUACAAUUUUCCUGAAAUUCAUCCAUUUUUUUCUUCAUCCAAUCCUCUGCAACUGAAGAAGAUUCAUCUCACUUGGCCUCUUCCCAAUUUGGGUCUCAUUUGAAUUCUGCUUUUCCAUCCCCACUUCCCACUUCUCCUCCAUUGGCCUAAUUUUCUCGGGAAAAUUCAACAAAAACCUGUACUUUCCCUGAAAAUGGAGCUCGUACCAUAUUCAGACACAGACAAGACCAAAUCAAGCUCCUCCUCGUCUUCUCUGCCGUGGCAAGACAUGUUCCGAUCAGCCUCCAACCGCAAGCCAGACGCCUCGCCCCAGAACCACGCACCUCCAGCGGCGCCCAACGAAUCGCCGCCGCCGAGGCCGCCAACUGACGAUGCCUCCCAGGUGCGCUUCGCCCUUUACAUCGCCAUGGCCCACGCCGGCCUGGCCUUCGCCAUAUUCGUACUCUACGGCGUCUGCAAAAUCUUGGAAGAUUUCAUACGCCCCAUUCUCUGGGCCGUGCUCUGUUCAAUCCCUCUCCGAGGGAUUCAACAAACCCUCUUAGGCUUUUGGUCGGAACCCCUCAAUAUGGGGCUCACCGAAACCGUCCUGGCUGUUCCGGUGGCCGUGUUCACGGUUUUCGUGAGCACCAUUGUCGAUAUCCGCGACUUGAUCUCGCGGGUUCUGAGAAGGAAGAAACCAAGGGUUUUGAGAAGGAAUCGAACUGCCUUUUCAAAAUUGGUUCGAUGGCUUGUUUCGUUCUGGAUUUUUGUAUUUGCUUAUGAACAAAUUGGCGCAACUGGGUCGAUUUCAAUUCUCGUUUUGGGGUUUCUGUUUGGUUCUACCACUGCUGAAUCCACCAUGUCUGCGGUUUCGUCGUUUAGGAGCCGUAGUUUUCAGAGGAGUGCUUUAAGUGCGUUUUUCACCAGAGGGAUUUUGAAGAGGUUGAAGACAAUUGUGGCCAUCGGGUUGAUGGCUGGGAUGAUUGUUGGGUCCUUGUCUGGAUUGGUUUUCUUUUCCUAUAAGAUAGGGGUCGAGGGGAAGGACGCGGUGAUGGCGCUCAAAUUGCACGUGGCAGAGAGCAAUUAUGCCGAGAAGAUUGGUGUCAAGAAGUGGAUGGAUGAGAAUGAUGUGCCGGGGAUGGUGGAUACUUACACCACCAAGUUUUACGAGACUGUUUCUGAUCAGAUUGAUAGUUUUGCAAUGCAGUAUAACUUGACGGAGCUUGUAGCCGGCAUCAAGCAGUUUGCCAUCACUCCGUCUUCGAACUUGACUGGGCGUUCCACGACUUUGAUGUCUCCAUCCCCAUAUACGGAGAAAAUUUUGAGUUUGAGGAAAAGGGUUAGAGAUCGCGAGUGGGGACAAAUUUAUACAGAGUUGGAUGCAUUGUUCAGGGAAUUACUGAUCACAAGGGAGGAUUUGGUUGAGAAGGCCAAAGGGUUUGCUGUUCAAGGAAUGGAUGUGAUGCAAAGUGUGUUUUCUAGUAGUAAAUCUGUUCUAGGUCGCAGCACUAAGCUCGUAUUUUUGGUUACCGACUCCAUCGUCUCUGGAGCAGCAGGGCUUUUCAAUUUUGUGUCCAAAUUAAUGGUUUUCUUCUGGGUUUUGUAUUAUCUUAUUACAUCCGAAUCUGGUGGGGUUACAGAACAAGUUAUGUCUUUGAUUCCAAUUCCAAAAUCUGCAAGAACUCGGUGUGUUGAAGUUCUUGAUAAAGCAAUUUCUGGUGUUCUAUUGGCAACCGCUGAGAUUGCUUUCUUUCAGGGAUGCCUCACUUGGCUUUUGUUUAGACUAUGCUCAGUACACUUUUUGUACAUGUCAACCAUACUUGCAUUCAUCAGCCCUUUGUUGCCGAUCUUUCCAUCUUGGCUUUCAACUAUUCCUGCAGCUUUGCAGUUGAUUCUGGAAGGCCGAUAUGCAUUGGCAGUUAGCUUAUCCGUUAUUCAUCUUGUGCUUAUGGAUUAUGGUACAUCAGAGAUUCUAGAGGACAUCCCUGGUAAUAGUGCAUACCUUACCGGGCUUAGCAUCAUCGGUGGAAUGACAUUGUUUUCAUCUGUAGUGGAGGGAGCCAUAAUGGGACCGCUGAUAACUACUGUUGUAAUUGCCCUAAAGGAUUUGUAUACUGAAUUUGUUCUGGAUGAACCAGAGGAAAGUGACAAGUAGAAGACUCUGCAUGUUUUCAGUGUUUGUUUCCUGAGAAAAUUCUCACAACUGCUUGAAGAAGCUGCGUACCACAUAGGUAGAGUUGCUUAGCAAAAGCUGCAGAAUUGAUGUUUGAAUGUUCAUUUUGGGUUAAUUAUGCCAUUCUAUGGGAAGUGCCUCACUUGCCACAACACAGUGCCACAACAAAUCAAUUCUUUUCUUCACUGCUCUUAAUGAUGUGAGUAUGUUGUAAGGGUAGAGAUGGUAUAUACUUUUAUUUUAUGCCUUGCUUGUUGGCUGGUAUAUCUAUGUCAGGAGGAUAACUUAAUUGGAUAUAUUUAUUGAUGUAGAUGCUUAUUUUGUUCCAUAAAUAGAACAUUUGGAAGGUUUCAAUUGGA